CGCAUCAGGGAAAAGGACUGGUCCCACACGCCGUUUGGCCCCAUCGAGAACUGGCCCACAUGCCUCAAGGUGGCCCUGGACAUCGCCCUCCCCUCCCAGUUUCCCAUCGUGAUAUUCUGGGGUCCCGAGUACCGCAUGCUCUACAACGACGCCUAUCGACCCGUCUUUGGUCGCGACAAGCACCCCGGGUUCAUCGGCGAAUCCUACGGAGACUGCUGGCCGACGGUGUGGGACACGGAGAAGCGCAAGAUGGACGAUGUGCGCCUGUCGGCCAAGGCCAACUGGUACACCGACUCGUACACGCCCGUAGUCCGCAGCGGCUACCUCGAGGAAACCUACUUUACGUAUUCGUACAGUCCGUUGUUUCUCGAAGACGGGUCGGUGGGCGGCAUCUAUGCGACCGUGAGCGAGACCACGAGCCGAGUCAUCGGCGAGCGUCCCAAGGAAGCGCUCCAGAAGACUGCACAUGUAGCCAGCACAUCGGGCAAGUGGGAUGUGCCGUUCGUUAAUCUGUACCUGCUGGACCCGGAGUGCAAGCACGCCAUUCUGUCGACCGCGACGGGCCUCGACAAACGCGGUGGAUUCCUCUGUCCCGAGGUGGUGACCCUCAGCGGAGCCCAGGAGCAAACUCGGACGAGUGAUCAGGAAGACGGCAGCAGCUGCAGCUGCAGCGAGGAGGAAGCGGAGACCGAGAUCGAGCAGGGCGGCUUCUUCUGCGAGCUGUUCCGUGAGGUGGCGCGCACCAAGUCCAGCCGGGAGUACGACUUGACGUCGUUCGGUGAUGAUGUGCCCAUCUGUGCCGCGUGGGAGACCAGACCGAGGAUGUGUAUGGUGAUGCCGAUGAUGUCGCAGACCGCGGAGAAGGUGGUGGGCAUCCUGGUGGCGGGGGUCAACCCGUGCCACGACCUCGAUGAGAACUACAGGAUCUUCCUCAAUCUGUUUUGCAACCAAGUGUCGGCGGCCCUCGCCAGUAGCAUGGCACGCGAGGAGGAGCGCAAGCGAGCCGAGGCGCUCGAGGAGCUGGACAAAGCCAAGACCGCGUUCUUUUCUAAUAUUUCGCAUGAAUUCCGAACCCCACUCACCCUCAUGCUCGGUCCCAUCGAAAUUGAACGAGAGCAGCUGACGCUGAUACACCGCAAUGCGCUCAGGCUCUACAAGCUGGUCAACUCGCUGCUCGACUUCUCGCGCAUCGAGGCCGGCCGCGCGCGGGCGCAGUUUGAAGCGGUCGACCUGGCCUCCCUCACCGCCGAUCUCACUUCCAUUUUUCGCUCCGCCACUGAACGGUCGGGUCUGGAGCUGCGUACGGACAUACAGACUCUGGAGCAGCAGGUGCUGGUGGACAAGGAGAUGUGGGAAAAGAUCGUGCUCAACCUCAUCUCCAACGCCCUCAAGUUCACCAUGCACGGCCACAUCGCGGUCACCCUCUCGACUCCCGCCUCCAACCCCAACUGCGCCGAGUUGAUCGUGUCUGACACGGGCAUCGGCAUUCCCGAAGAGGAGAUGGUCCACCUCGGCCGCCGCUUCCACCGGGUGCAGACCCCCGGCGGCCGCUCCUACGAGGGCACCGGCAUCGGGCUGGCUCUGGUGUACGAGCUGGUGCGGCUGCACGGCGGCCAGGUGGAGGCGUCGAGCCAGCUGGGCAAGGGCACCUCGUUCCGCGUCUCAAUCCCGUUCGGCGUGAGCCACCUGCCGAGCGACCAAAUCAAACACAUCGCGCGAUUCGCGCCCCUCGAGCUCGAGCUCAAGCCCGCGUGGAAUCAUCAACCCAUCGGCCUUCUCUUCGUCUUCUUCGUCUUCAUCGUCAACUUCUUCUUCACUUCCUUCGUCUCCGCGCUUUCAACCAGCUUCAUCUUCGCCAUCGCCAUCAACGUCGACAGCUUCGUCAUCGACGUCGUCUUCGAUGGCGAGCAGUCCGGAGAGUGA